CAUGUACGCAUACAUUUUCACAUGCAUACAAAGUGACAGGGGCAUUCGAGCAUGAAAAAUGUCAUGAUCAAACUCCCUAACUCUAAAACAAGGAAAACGGUGCUUCUAUUAUCUUAUCUAAUCUAUCAACACGAAUAUUCCUACGUCUUCACCCACUAUGACCCUUGACCUGACUACCCUGGACGCCCAUGAGCAACCAGAUGAAGAGCUCAAGGCUACGUGGAAAAAAUAUUCGAGGACUGACCAUGAGGAAUUCACGAGUCAUCCGGACAUAGAUGAGCUAGACCCCCCGAACACUGUGGGCGCAUUCAAACUAGCAGGGCAUAUCCCAAGUGAAAUUCUCACGGCCUCUUUUAAGCAACUCGAAGGUAGUAACUGGGAUGGAAGCCAAACGAUUGAAGAUGCUCCUUUCUACUUCCAUCCUCUACUCCCAGGCUUGCUUAUAUUUCCCUCCCUAAUACCCCCAAGAACGCAGAAAGCAUUAGUAUACCGCAUGGUUCAUAGGGAUCUAAGCAAUCCUACCCACCAGACUAACUUACACUUACACUAUGAUCUUCCCUAUUUAGAAGGACAAGAUAAGACGGAUGUUGAUUCCCGGUCUUUCUUCUCUUACUCUCCAGAAUCAUCCACGAAGUUUCUACCAAAAGACCCGACCGUUCACAAGUCCCUGUCUAUCAAGCAAGUCCUUGAACGGCGGUUAUCUUGGGUUACGCUCGGGGGGCAAUACGAUUGGACCAAUCGAGAAUAUCCUGACCAAGCUCCUCCUGAUUUUCCUCAUGAUAUUGCCAAUUUCCUUCAGACUCUCUUCCCGGAUACUGCUGCUCAGGCUGCUAUUGUCAACUUUUAUAGCCCGGGGGACACGAUGAUGAUGCAUCGAGAUGUUAGUGAGGAAUCAGACAAGGGUCUUGUAAGUCUCAGCAUAGGCUGUGAUGCAUUAUUCAUGAUCGCGCCAAAUGGCUAUAAACACAUGUCGACAGACAGAGAAGCUUCCGAGAAGCCAUACCUUCUUCUGCGACUACGAUCCGGAGAUGCCAUUUACAUGACCCAAGAAUCCCGAUAUGCUUGGCAUGGUGUACCAAAGGUUCUUAAAGGCACCUGUCCAGAUUUCCUAGCCGAUUGGCCGGCAGAAGGCGACAAGUUUCAAGAAUGGAAAGGGUGGAUGCGGAAUAAGCGCAUUAACUUGAACGUCAGACAGAUGAAAGACUGAAUUUCAUAUCCGUUUUAAUGUUUAAACAAACUACAAUAUCCCUGCCACGGUAUAUAAAGUUUUGCUCAGUUCGCCCCCUUCAAGCUAAAGCUUAAACACGUCCUUGCAGUCAUAAUCAAGAAUCUGCAACCAUGUCGUAGACAAUGUCUUCGGAUUGUCCAGACCUAGCAUACAAGACAUGAUCUCAUGACAACAUCAUCGGAAUUAUAAUAUGCCAAGGGCAUCCCCC